AUGACAAGUGUAACUUAUUUUGACACUCUUAAAAGAGACUUUUGUGAUGUGCAUAUAACCGAGGAUGGCAUAGAUACUGUCACUUUUUUGGAAGCUACCGAGGGACUGAUUAAAUUGUUUGACUUACUUGGGAGUUCGGCUUUCAGUGUCGUUCAAAAGGACAUGAUCGGCAAUGUUAAUAAAAUUAGAGCACGAUAUGAAACUGAUUAUAUAAAAAAUAAUACUCUUGAAAACUUGGUUAUUAACGAACAAAAAGAAAAGAAACGUAUAGCUACUGAAGGACUAGAAUUUACCUCUGUUGCUUUACGUCGUUCGAUUAACGAGACUACCGAAGAACUCUCAGUUUCUUUUACAAAUGCAUAUGGUAUUACUUUGAAACCAUUCCAUAGCUUUGUAAUUCGUCCUGUGUUCGCGCUUGCUAUGAAAGCCUGUCCAUAUCGUGUUGAAUUUUUCAAAAAGCUUGGUGAUGAUCAAGCAAGAGUUAAUGAAUUAUAUGAACGUUGGUUAGCUGCUCUCGAACGAAUUGUUGCUCAACUAAUUUGUUUUUAUGAGCAAGGUGGUUACGAUAAAGGAUUUUAA